AUGGAGUGCGGUAUCCUCAACGGCGACCGCGCCACCUUGAGAUUGAACAUGGGAUUCUCCCGCCCGAUCCGCAGCGACUCGGGGAUCCUGCCGGGCCUCAGCGGCUCCCUUUUGGCGACCCGGUCCUGUCUCGGCGGCGACCCGGUGCGCAGCGUCUUGACUGCCCGGGUCUGCAUCCUGCACUGGCUGGGAUCUUGGCGCUUGUAUCUGGUGCUUUGUGCGGUGUCUUCUUGCUCGGGGACCAUCGACUGCGCCCGUCUCGUGGUCGUCGGCUGGGUUUUGGCAGAGGCGGACGUAAAUUGUGACCUGAGAGGAGACGGCGACUGA